CCCCAAACCCUACCCCUCCUAUCAAUACUUCGUCUCUCGGCCGCCGAAAACCCUAAAUCUUCACACGCAGAGCGCGAGAGAGAUCGAGAAUGACGACUAGGUUCAAGAAGAACAGGAAGAAGAGAGGGCACGUGAGCGCGGGACAUGGCCGUAUCGGAAAGCACAGGAAGCAUCCGGGAGGUCGCGGUAACGCCGGAGGCAUGCACCACCACCGGAUCCUCUUCGACAAGUACCAUCCCGGGUACUUCGGCAAGGUAGGUAUGCGGUACUUCCACAGGCUCCGCAAUAAGUUUUUCUGCCCCAUCGUUAACGUAGACAAGCUAUGGUCCCUGGUCCCCAAGGACGUGAAGGAAAAGGCCUCCAAGGACAACGCUCCCCUCAUCGAUGUGACCCAGUUCGGCUACUUCAAGGUCCUCGGAAAGGGCAUGCUGCCAGAGAACCUGCCCAUCGUUGUCAAGGCAAAGCUCAUCUCCAAAACCGCCGAGAAAAAGAUCAAGGAGGCCGGUGGCGCUGUUGUUCUCACAGCUUAGGUUCCGCUGUGCUUUUUGUUAUUAGUUUUUUGUUUCUUUGAAAUUUUGUUCUGUUUGGGAACUUCAGUCAAGACGUGUUUCGUAUUAUUACGAUUAUUAUCUGUUUUUCACUGAGAUUCAAAUGAUGGGAUUAUUUUAUGGUUGCAUUA